UGAGAAGAUGGCCUCCCCAGGUGCCCCAGGGACCCGCAUGACGUCCACAGUCAGUAUCAAUAUUUCUACCCCUUCCUUCUACAACCCACAGAAGAAGUUUGCACCGGUGGUCGCCCCUAAGCCCAAGGUGAACCCCUUCAAAGCUGGGGGUGCGUCAGAGCCGUCGCUGCCCCCACCUCCUGGAGCUGGCGCCCAACGCGCUCAGAUGGGGAAGGUGGGGGAGAUUCCAUCAGCGUCCAUGUCCCUGCUGGCAGAAGAGCUGCCACCACCACCUCCUCCCCCACCUGGAGAGGAGGCAAGUUUCUCCUCAAACUGUGCUUUUCCCCCACCCCCACCACCCUUUGAAGAGCCUUUUCCACCAGCCCCAGAAGAUGUUUUUCCUUCUCCUCCUCCUCCUCCGCCACCGAUGUUUGAUGAAGGGCCUGUGAACAAGGUACCUGCCCCACAGAUACCUCCAGGAUCCACAGGUUCUCUGGAGAAACCAUCAGCCCCAAAAGCCCAUGUGGAAAUACCAUCUGCACCCAGAGAUACCCCUCAUUCCUUUCCUUCCAAGUUCACUCCAAAGCCAAGUGGAAGCUCAUCUUUCAAGCCCCCUGGAGUGGAUUUGGCCCCCUCCCCAACCCCAUGGGCAGCCCCACAGCAACACAAGGAGCCUGUGGCACCAAUCCCUCAACCCCCCUCUCUCCCUCCUGCUCAGCCUACCCCUAAAUUCACCCCACCCCCUGUUGCUAGCUCUCCUAAGUCUGGGUCCAAAUCAGGUACCAAUGUUCCCAUGGCUCCCUCAAACUCUACAAGAUAUCCUACCUCACUUCAGACUCAGUUCACAGCCCCUUCACCUUCAGGUCCCUCCUCACGGCCACAGCCUCCCAAUUUCUCCUAUGCCCAGCAGAAGGAAAGACCUCAAGUGCAGGUGAAGCCACGUCCCACAGAACAACCUGCUGCUGCAAAAGACACGCAUAGACCCGCAGGCUCCAGUGCAGAUCCACCUAGGGGAAACUCCUGUCUGACCAUGAAGGAGGUAGAAGAGCUGGAGAUGUUGACCCAGAAACUAAUGAAGGAUAUGGAGCAUCCGCCCGCAGCAGAGGCUGCUACUUCUGAGCUCUGCGGCUUCUGCCGGAAGCCCCUGUCACGAACCCAGCCGGCUGUGAGGGCCCUGGACUGCCUCUUCCAUGUGGAAUGCUUCACCUGCUUCAAAUGUGAGAAGCAGCUGCAGGGGCAGCAGUUCUACAAUGUGGAUGAGAAGCCCUUCUGUGAGGACUGCUAUGCUGGGACCUUGGAAAAGUGCAGCGUCUGCAAACAGACCAUCACAGACCGGAUGCUGAAGGCCACUGGUAACUCAUACCAUCCCCAGUGUUUCACCUGCGUGAUGUGCCAUACCCCUCUUGAGGGGACCUCUUUUAUUGUGGACCAGGCCAACCAGCCUCACUGUGUGGAUGACUACCACAGGAAGUAUGCUCCACGCUGCUCAGUUUGUAGUGAGCCUAUCAUGCCAGAGCCUGGAAAGGAUGAGACAGUGCGUGUGGUGGCACUGGAGAAAAAUUUCCACAUGAAAUGCUACAAGUGUGAGGACUGUGGGAAGCCCUUGUCCAUUGAAGCAGACGAGAAUGGGUGCUUUCCACUGGACGGGCACGUGCUGUGUAUCAAAUGUCACACCGCUCGUGCCAAAACGGCACGUUGAGGAGCUUGGAGUGGGCAUACCCU